CUAUCGCUCGUCGUUGUUGGUGCGCGUGCGCAUUCGGGCACCAUUUGCUGAUGCAAGACGCUUGCGGUAAAGACAUUCUGAGCAAAUUAGCGGUGUAUUGUUUCUAAAGCGCUUUCGGAGAUACGAGGUUUAUUUCAGCCAACAUGUCAGAAGACGAGAUCUUAUUUGAUCCGACCACAACCAAAAAGAAGAAGAAGAAGAAGAAGCCCUUCAUGCUUGAUGAAGAAGGCGAUGGACUCGCAGAGGAGACGCAGCAGGCUGAGCCUCGGGAGGCAGAGCCUGAGGUGGGAGAAGAGCGUGAUUUUGAACCUGAGGAAGAUGAAGGGAAGAAAAAAGAGACCACAGAUGACUUGGACGAUUUGAAUUUCUUCAAUCAGAAGAAAAAGAAAAAGAAGCCCAAGAAAGUGUUUGACAAUGAAAUCGAAGAAGGACUGAAGGAGCUGAAGAUCGAAGGUGAACAGCCUGAACAGGUGGAUGAUGAUGACUUGGAUCUGAUGUUGCCAGCCAAGAAGAAGAAGGCCAAGAAGGUGGAGUUUGCAGAGGAAGGAGAUAUGGCUGUGAAGGAUUAUGGUCUGGAGGACGAUGAGAGUAGAAAUGCUGAUGGAAUCACGUUUUCCUCUCAGACUGGCCCGGCUUGGGCAGAUUCAGAGAGAGAUUACACAUAUGACGAGCUGCUGAGUCGCGUCUUUAACAUCAUGAGAGAGAAGAAUCCCGACAUGGUGGCGGGAGAGAAGAGAAAGUUUGUCAUGAAGCCCCCUCAAGUGGUGCGAGUAGGAACAAAGAAAACAUCCUUUGUCAACUUCACCGACAUCUGCAAACUGUUGCAUCGACAGCCAAAGCAUCUUUUGGCUUUCCUGCUGGCUGAAUUGGGAACGAGCGGAUCCAUAGAUGGAAAUAACCAACUUGUGAUCAAAGGCAGAUUCCAACAGAAGCAAAUAGAGAACGUCUUGAGAAGAUACAUCAAGGAAUAUGUGACCUGUCACACAUGCCGCUCUCCAGAAACCAUCCUGCAGAAGGACACACGACUGUACUUCCUGCAGUGUGAGACGUGUCACUCGCGCUGUUCUGUGGCAAGCAUUAAGACAGGCUUCCAGGCCGUCACGGGCAAGAGAGCGCAGCUCCGCGCCAAAGCCAACUAACGUGGCGUUCUCUACUCCUUUCUGAUUCUUUUUUUCCAUUACGAAACCCUGCACUGCCCUGUAUGGCCACUUCAACUUCUCAGUGCUAGUUUUUUCUCAGUCAUGGACUUUUGGAGUGAACAGGUGAAAAAGUUGAGUGGAUUAAAAAAUUCUAUUUUUUUUUUUUUUUUUUUUUUUUUUGCGCAAUCAAAAGAAAACAUAAAAAAUUCAAUAAGCAAGAGGACUGGACAACUUGAGCCACUGGUUUAAUGAGUCACAUCAUCCAUCUUUCUCAGAAAGGUCACAGCUUAAUGUGAGAAGCAGGGAACAGGGCCAGAGCAUUUCAGACUCGUGUUUUAUUUGCACAUUGGUAGCAGAUUCCAGUCUACUGUUCUGAUUUCUUUGCAGGAAUGCUGUAGGUGGAAGUCUAUGGGUGAGGGACUUGUGUGUUGUCUGCUCCUACUUUUUUUUAAAACAGAAGAACAUCAGAGACUUUAUGAAAAUUGUGUUAACACUCUAUUAAAAGACUUGUUAAUGAUGCAAUUUUCUCAUGUAGGCUUUGUAUAGGUUUCAUUAAGUCUAUAGAGUUAGCUUUGAGGAUUUGGAGAACUCUGCUACCUCUGUGACAAAACUCUGCUAGGAGUCUCAGGCUCUGGCUGCUGACUGCUAUGCUUAGGAUUUUGGUUGUUUACUGAUCACACCGUUUAAUGAAGAUGACAUCCACAUAUUUAAACAUCUCUGCAGAACUGAACACUUCUGCACAAUCUUGACGUAUAAAAAGUUAUGAAUAUGUGGGUUGUGUAAAAAUAAUUAUGGGGCUGGAGAUAUUACAGUGCAGUGUUUCAGAUGAAAGUAAGAUGGGUGUCAUUGUUGAAACUUUUUUUUUUUUAAAUAAAAAAUUUACUCUAACAACAUAA